AUGAUGUUCAUUCUUCUUGGGGAUAAAGCAUCAUCAGGUGAAAUCACCCUGUCUGCAGACAAUCAUGAAACUAUAGCUGACCAAACACAGUUGGACCCAGCGGAGGAUGUGAAUCUUGCCUCUGAGGAGACAAACCCCAGCAAGCAUCCAUCAGGAGAGGAGGCUGCAGACAUGAUUCUGGUCGUAGAAGGGAAGAUCGGUUUGGUCAGUAAAAGGGAGGAGCCAGAGGGCACUGAACCUCUGGAGGAGAGCUCUGAGCUGCCAUCUGCGUGGCAAGAGGAGAGCAAUGGGCCUUCACCUCCAGCACUGGGAGAAGAUGGUGGGGUGCCAUCACCAGCACCAGCAGAGGACAGUGGGCUGGUAGAGGGCAGUAACAGCUCUGUAGUGCAAAUCAUCAAGAAAGUACAUGUGACUGAAGAGGACCACCUUAUUGAGGGUGAGACGGGAGAAGAGGUGGAAACUGAGCUGCUCAGUGAGAUAGUAAAUGGAGGGCCUGAAACAAAAGAAGAAACAGGAGAAGCUGUGGAUAGUGCAGCAGCGACAGAGAUAGAGACAGCUAAUAACAAGGAGUAGAAGUUACGUCUUUGUGAACAUCCUCUUCUGGGCCUGCUCUUCUGUCCAUAUGAACAUUUUUAAAUUUUAUCGGGCUGGGAAAACAGAAAAACUUUUAUGGAUUGAGCCACAAGCCACCAACAUGAAUAAGAGGCAUCAGAAAAAGUUUUCUGUAUUUUGAAGUCAAGCUGCCAAGACUUCAAGUGUUUGAAAUACCAGAACUUUCACCUCCCUGCCACAGAGUGCCUUCUGUACAUGGCUAGCACAGUGGUUUUCCAACAGGAGUAUAAUCAUUCAGUUUUCAAUUCGGAUUUUUUUCCAGCUUCAGGUAACUUCAAACCUUUGAAACCUUCAACCAGCAUUAUAUAGGAUAAAGAAUAGUGUAGCUUUUUUUUUUUUUUUUAAUGGUAGUAUGCAGGCAAUUUCUCUGAGUGCCUGGACUACCAGUGUAUGGAGCUGCUGAAGUGUAUAGCACAUAGAGGACUGGAAGAUGAAAGUGCCCAUUCACCAGGCUGUAACUAAAUGCAGAAGUUAGUUUUACAGAAAAUGGAAGAUAUACAGGGUGCAACAUCCAGGACCCAAGUCAGUGUCUGCUGCUCACUCUUCAUUUUUAAACAGAAAUUUAUUGAAAGGCUAGUAGUACAAUAUAUGUGAUGACUUCUGCAAAAAACAAAGAGGGUAUUUCUAACUAUGAGUAGGAUGUUUUAGUCUUAUAAAUCCUAGCACACUUAAACUAUAAAGAUAACCUCACAGCUGUUAACAUUCAUGGUGAUUACUAACCUGUCUUUAGCUGUGUAGCAGCUCCUCAUACACAUUUGUGGCUUCUAAAAUAGGUUUCUAACCAGAGACAUAUAUAAGCCUGUUCCCAAAGGAAAGGCCAUCUAUUAUAUUUCCCUGCAGUGCUCUCCUCCAGGAGAAGUGUGCUGUCAGAGACUGUCUGGGUUAUUUUCCAAAAUGCUAAAUAAACAUUUUAGAGCUGAAGUUGAAUGGAAAAGCUUUCAAACAUUUCCUGUGAAAAUGGGCCCUGAAUAUAAUUGAUGUUAUGGAACAGAUAGAGAGUAGAAAUUAGUUCUGAUAGUGAAUGUUGUGAAGGGACUAUAAUAUUGUUGGGAACUGUGUUUGCAGGAUUCUCUGGCGUAAGGGGGUAGAAUAUGGAGAAGUCGUCAGUCAUCUAAAAAGGGCAUGCACAUGUUGCCGUUUUAUUAGCUUUGUUGUACAAAAGGACUUAAAAAUGUUUACUGUCACCAGGAAAUUAUACAAAUCCCCUCUAAGAGCUAAAUUUUGUGCUGUGUGUGCACAUCUGAGUCCAGCUGACUUUGAGUUAAAUAAUAUAAUUGAUAUCCUUGGCCUAUCAGCUUUAUUCCUUGGCUAUAUCACUAAAUCUAAGAUGUUCUGCUUAUCAGCAUUCUUAUGAACUUUUCAGCUUCAUUUAAUGUCAGCUUGCUGUAGGCAACAUCACAGACUUUUAGAAUCAAAAUACAUAUUUUCUUUUUUGGUUUUUAGGGAUUUUUUUGCUAGGUGGAUGUUGCAGAGUUUUAAUUUUUAUUUUUACUUUCUGUAAUAGUUAAAAAGAGCAGCUAGUUUGAUUGAUCGAUAUUAAAAUGGCAAUUAAAAAUUCAGAGCUAGUCAAACUUUUUGUCCACAUACCCAAAUCAUUCCAUGACAAAAAGCCAUGAGAGACAUACCAUGCACUUUGGAUAGCUGAGAAGUGGGGGUACAGGUGCUGAGCAGGAUGAGAACUCCCCAGGGUGAUACAGGGCUGGACUAGGCAUACAGCGAGGACCCAGGAUGCCCCAAGAACGUGGACCUUCAGCUGCAUCUCAUGGCUGGUUUCUUCCUUCAAGCUGGGAAUUUGGUUUAGUCACCAGCACCUGUGCAAGCACAGCCCUGCUCCCAAACACAGGAGAUUAAAUUGGUGGGGGAGCCAUGCUGACUACUUGCAAGUUACGUGUUAGAUCAUGAGUUGCAGUUUGACCAGCUAUAUUAAGCAAUUUUAAAGCAUAAACCAAGAGGCAUUCUAUAGUAAGUAGUAUUAACAGCAACAGAGGAGGUUGGACUUGGAAAUAAAAUACAAAGAUACAAGGGAGUCAACCUGCUCACCUCAGAGUCACUCUUUCUACCACUGUUGUUAUAAGGAAGACAGGUGACUAUAAAUAUACAUUCUUACCUCACUGUUCAACUUCUUCAGGCCAUUAAACAAUGCUAAUGGAAACAAAAGGAAGAUGAGCCAGUCAAUGACUCAAUAGUAUC